AUGGAUGAGUAUAAUAAAUGUAAACCAAUAUGUGGAGACGAAAUUAUUGAGUAAGGAUUAGAAAAUUGUGAAGAUUUUAAUGAUAUUUAAUAUGAUGGUUGCUAUUAAUUUAUGUUUUAAUGUGAAAUUAAUUGUUCUAAGGGUAACUGCUAAGAAUGUGUAGACGGAAAUGAAUAUUAGUAGAAGGAUGUUAAAAAAUAUUGA